AUGCCACUGGCAGGGAGCGGGCUGGUAGUGAGGCCCGGGGCUGUGACCAGCCGGAUGUGGCCUUGGCGGGAGGCCGCAGGACGGGGCUUUCAGAGUGGUCCAGGGUCCGGCUUCCAGCCGGUGCCUGAGGCCCCCACCCUGCGGGCGGGAGGAGGCGGGGAGGUGGCUGCGGCCGCCGGCGCCGCGGCUGUGAAGGGCUGUGGCACCGGGGUGCCCGGGGCGGGUGGGGGAGGCAGGUGGCAGGCUGGCAGCCUUGGUGGGGAUUUCCAGCUCCUCUGGGGCUGCUCGCGAGUCUGCAGGGGAGAUGCUGCAGGACAUCGGGGCGAGCCCUGCAGGGCGGGCGGGACCCAGCUCCCUCCUCCUCUCCCCCUGCCUCCAGGCCCAGGGCCCAGCCAGUGCCCAGCCCCGCUGGGAGCCCCGGCCAGCACCACGGACGGCGCCCAGGAAGCCCGAGUCCCCCUGGACGGGGCCUUCUGGAUUCCGAGGCCCCCGGCAGGCUCCCCGAAGGGUUGCUUUGCCUGCGUGUCCAAGCCCCCGGCCCUGCAGGCUCCAGCGGCCCCGGCCCCUGAGCCCUCGGCAUCGCCCCCCAUGGCGCCCACCCUGUUCCCCAUGGAAUCCAAGAGCAGCAAGACGGACAGCAUGCGGGCUUCGGGCGCCCCCCAGGCCUGCAAACACCUGGCCGAGAAGAAGACCAUGACGAACCCCACGACGGUCAUCGAGGUCUACCCGGACACCACCGAGGUCAACGACUACUACCUGUGGUCCAUCUUCAACUUCGUCUACCUCAACUUCUGCUGCCUGGGCUUCAUUGCGCUGGCCUACUCCCUCAAAGUUCGAGACAAGAAGCUUCUCAAUGACCUGAAUGGAGCAGUGGAAGACGCCAAGACCGCCCGGCUGUUCAACAUCACCAGCUCUGCCCUGGCGGCCUCUUGUAUCAUCCUUGUUUUCAUUUUCCUGCGGUACCCGCUCACCGACUACUAGGACCCCGCGGGCGCCGCCGGCCGUGGAGACGAAGCCCCGAGACACGUCCGUUGUCAUGACUGACGCGAUACGGGAUGCGGUGUGGUUGGGGCGGAGCAGGGCGCGGGCCCUGGGACCCCCCCGAAGCUGUGAAGCGGGCAGCGAGGCCACCAGAAGGUCCGCACAGUAAGGGGGCAGCGGGCUUCGGGCCAGCCCACCCUCUCUGCCUCUGCCCGUUCCCAGGGUCUGGGUUUCUCCCUGUGUUGCCGCACCCUGGCUUCCAGCGGCUGCCCCCCGCCCCGCCCUCCUGUGCCCCACCCAGGCUCCUGGGGCCCCUCUGGCCCGACACCCAGCAAGAAGGGCUUCUGUGGGAGCUCCCCGGCUUGGGGGAGCUGCCAGCAUCUGGGGACUCACUCUCUCCUCUCCGACCCCACCUCCUCCAAGCUGUGACCCUGCUCAGAGCUCUUGUAUCUGUGAACUUUCAAUAAAAUACCUGUC